AUGGCCAAAUCAUCAAGUUUCGAAAAAAAACCAAUAAUUAGAUUUCAACUCAUACAUUACUACUUAAUUCCAUUAAUAGCCCUCACAGUAUGGUGGGGUAUGUUAAUUGCAAUGCUUAUAUGUUGGGGUGUGCAGGGCCAUCCAAUUUAUUCAUUUAUGGAUGUACAUCAAAAUCCCGUAUAUUUAUCAGAUAUAGGUGCAACAAAUUUACAACCUUUAUUCAUUAGUUGUGCUGGUUUUCAAGCUAUUUUCUUUGUCGGUACAUUAGUAUUUGGUAUGUAUUUACGUAUGAAAUCAAAAAUUCAAUGUUAUAUUACUAUUCAUCAACGUAAUCUUGCAAUCGCAAGUAUUGUAUUUGCAAUAAUUGGACAAUUGGGUAUUUUAUUUGUUUCAAUUUUUAAUACCAAGAAUUUCCCUGAUGUUCAUAUGUCAAUGGUUGGUAUAUUCAUUGCAUUUUGCUUCUUUGCUUGUGUUUGUGAUUUUGCAAUUACUUGUAUUUUUGGAACUAGACCAAGUCAAUUAAACCCAAUUCAUCAUGGUACUAUAUUUGGUAAAUCUAAAUUUGCAAAUUUAUAUUUUGUAAGUUUUAUUUGUAAAUUAAUUUGGUUACUUGCUUCAAUUUGUUUUGCUGCUGCUUUUGGAUAUUAUAUGAAUAAUGGAAAUGAUUCAAGAAGUGCUAAAUUUGAAUGGACAAUUUGUUUCUGGUAUGGAUUUUUAUUAGCAUUAUGGUCAAUGGAUUUGGUUCCAUCUGCAAUUAGAAAAUAUAGAUCUAGACAUCCAGAAAGAUAUGGAAAUGAACUCCCUGUUGAUUUAGAAAUGGAAAAAGAUUUACAAAAUAAUUCAACUGAUGUUGAUUAUGAUAAUCCUACAUUUAUUGGAUCUCCACAACCAAUAUAUAAUAAUAACCAACAAGCUUUUAAUAAUGAAAAUUUUACUGCUCAACAAGUAAAUGAACCAGCAGUUGCUUAUAAUGGAAAUUAUACCGCUCAUCCUUAUGCUAAUAAUACAAAUCAUGUUAAUUAUUCUACUCCACAACCUUAUUCAAAUGUGCAGCAAAGUCCUCAAUCAGGUUAUAAUAGAGCUCCAAUUGGUGCUCAAGAACAAUAUCAAGUUGUUUAA